UCUUAAAUUUUUCACUUUUUAUUUUUUUCCUUUUUAUGACGCAGAGCAGAACGGAGCUCCUUGAACUCAAAGCAAUGGAAUUCGCCGAACUCUGACAAAAAGAAAAGAAAAUCAAGCACAAUUGGCAAUCCAUUAACUCGAAAUGGCUUUGCUCCUCACCAUGCCCCCAUCUUUCUUCUCCUUUUCUUCCUCCAAAAACUCUAAACCUCUCCUCUUAUCUUCCUCUAAAAUCCCUUCUUCUCUUUCACUCUCUCUCAAAAACCCCACCAAAACCUUCACUCUCCGUCCUUUAAUCUCUCGCUCCUCUUCCCAACCCGACCCAACUCCAGAACCCGAUUCGGAACCCCCCACCGAAACCACAGUUUCCAUCACAGAUGAAUGGGGCGAAAAGACGGAGCCCGAGUCCGAGCCCGAACUCACCAAGCUGCCGGAUUCAGACCCUCCUAAGAACGAGGACGAGUGGGGGGAGUAUGUAAGCCAGGGUAACGGUAGCGCUGGACCGGCGGUGGAGGAAGAUGAUGAUAAUAAUAAAUUGCGUGAUUUGAAGAGGAGCUUGGUGGACACGGUUUAUGGGACGGAAUUCGGGUUUCGUGCCGAGGCGGAAGUUCGGGCCGAGGUUUUGGAGCUUGUUAAUCAGUUGGAGGCGCUUAACCCUACUCCCACUCCGGUAGAGGCCGGUGGGGUUCUUGAUGGCAACUGGGUCUUGGUGUACACAGCAUUUUCUGAGCUGUUACCACUUCUGGCAGCGGCUGCAACACCUUUGUUGAAAGUGGAAAGGAUAUCUCAAACAAUUGACACCAGUAGUCUCUCCAUUGUGAACUCAACUACAUUAUCUGGCCCUUUAGCUACGUUCUCUUUCAGUGUUUCUGCAUCCUUUGAAGUUCGAAGCCCUUCUAGAAUUCAAGUUCAAUUUAAGGAAGGUACCUUCCAACCUCCAGAGAUAAAGUCAACUGUUUCUCUUCCAGAAAGUGUGAAUAUUUUUGGGCAGAAUAUCAAUUUGUUGCCAGUGCAGCAAUCUGUCUCUCCACUGCAGGAGGUUGUAGCAAAUAUUGCCAGGGCAAUUUCUGGUCAGCCACCUCUAAAGGUACCCAUUCCUGGUGAACGAACCAAGUCCUGGCUUAUUAUUACAUACCUUGAUGAUGACCUUCAAAUCUCAAGAGGGGAUGGUGGUCUUUUUGUGCUUGUUAAAGAAGGGAGUCCUCUUCUUGACUAGAAAAGAGGUACAUGCCGCUGUGUUAUGAAUUAUUGCUUACCUACGCUCUCCAACAUAUCAUUUUGUGGUUUCAUCACUUAUUACAUAAUUGAAAGAGGGAAUUUAUUCUUGUCCUUUUGUAUCUCGGGCAUUUAAAUAGUGUUCUGUUUGGCUGCUGAGAACCUAGUAAAAGAAUGACAAAUUUGAAAACUUUUUGUGGUAGAUGUAGUUGUACAAAGUAGAAGUUUCUUUUGAUUGUCCUUCAAGUGCAAGUGGAUCUUAAGGUGGUUAUAUGAUAUUCUGAAAGGAGGUGAAAUGUGUCUGGUUUGUAAAUUGAUAGAAACUAAAGCGUUGAGUUUUUGACAACUUUAUGAACUAUUAGAAUUGUAUAAGAAGUUGAAAUUGGGAUGUUUGUUUGGUCAGA